UCCAAGCCGCUGUCGCUCAGCAUCAGAGUGCGGAUCCGCUUGAGGAAGGGAAGGCGUGUGAAACCGUGGCGUCGUCACACGUUGACUAAACAUUGCUGGUGUGCAAUAUUCCUUCCCUCUCCUUGGCUAACCUCCAGCUGGAUAAAGAGCUCCCCGCCUCUCAGCCAACAUGGGUUAGACACGCCGCGACCCGCAGAGCGUCCACUUUGUGCACUUGAAGCGAGGAUGGGGGCAACCGGACUUGUUUUCGCGCACACAUCCUGACAAAGACGGCGGCUGUGAGGAAACACGCAUUUUGGGAUUUUGCACGCUUUUUUCUUUGAAGUUGUAUUGUUGGACCAACGUCACGCGUGUGUCCCAGACGAAGAGAAAUGUUUGCAGAAUUGCUGUGCAGCGCCGUGGCUCUGGUCCUAUAUGUCAACACUCUGGGAGCAGAUUUCUGCUACGAUGACAGCCGUGCAAUCAAGACCAAUCAGGACCUGCUCUCAGAAACGCCGUGGACAAAUAUCUUUUAUGAUGACUUCUGGGGCACAUUGCUCACGCACAGUGGGAGCCACAAGUCUUACCGGCCACUCUGCACCCUCUCCUUCCGCCUCAAUCAUGCUGCUGGAGGACUGGAUCCUUGGGGUUACCACCUGGUGAAUGUGGCUCUCCACGGGGCGGUGACUGGCCUUUUCACACGGCUGGCUCACCUGCUGCUCGGAGGAGGCUUAUGGUGCCUCCUAGCUGGCCUGCUCUUUGCCUCUCACCCCAUCCACACCGAGGCGGUGGCGGGUGUCGUGGGGCGCGCCGAUGAAGGAGCUGCCUUCUUCUUCUUGCUGUCCCUGCUAUGUUACAUUCGUUACUGUAAACUGCAGGGCGACGCUGGAGCUCUGCAGCUUCUAGCUUGGUUCCUUGGCAGUUUGGGUUGUGCUGCAUGCAGCAUGCUGUGGAAGGAGCUGGGAGUGACCGUGCUGGCCUUAUCGGCGCUUUAUGACAUCUGCGUCUUGCACAGGCUCAAACUGCGACAGAUUCUCAUUCUUCUCUAUAAGAGAAAUAACGUCCAUCUGCUGAUGAAUGUAUUUCUGCUGGCAGCCUGGGGCGUAAUCCUGUUGGCCUGCCGUUUAUACUGGAUGGGUAACAAGCCCCCAAACUUCUCCAACUCCGACAACCCAGCAGCUGACUCCCCCUCCCUCCUCACCAGGACACUGACCUUUCUCUACCUACCUGCCGUCAACUUUUGGCUUCUUCUCUGCCCCAUCACACUCAGCUUUGACUGGUCCAUGGACACCCUACCUUUGAUCAAGAGCCUCGCUGAUUGGAAGAAUGCUCAUACACUCCUCUUCUAUUUGGGAUUUUUGCUUCUGGCUUGGUUCAGUGUGUGGAAGCAGCCAAGAGCCAAGGGCAAGGAGACUUAUCUUAAAGCUCAUUUGUUGACCAAUGGAAAGAAUGGAAACAGCAAUGGACACAGUUACCAGAAUCAUGAAAAUGAACAUACGAGCAAUUCUUGUAUGAGCACUCACAGAAUACAGAAUGGCACCCAAAAGCUCCAGGAGAGCAGGACCUCGCUACCUCCUACAGAAAAUGUUGUGGUGUUCUCCCUCGGCCUUUUGGCCAUCCCUUUCCUCCCAGCCACAAACCUCUUUUUCUACGUAGGCUUUGUGAUCGCAGAAAGAGUACUUUACAUCCCCAGCAUGGGAUUCUGCCUGCUGGUAGCUGUGGGGUUGAGGUCUCUCUACGUCCGACUGAGAAAGAGGUCCUCUAGGACUUUGUUGGUUUACUGCAGCGCAGCCGUGAUUUUGCUUUUUGGUGUUAAGACUGUUUUGAGGAAUCGAGACUGGGAGAAUGAAGAGAUGCUCUACAAAUCAGGGAUUUCAGUUAAUCCUGCAAAAGCAUGGGGCAAUCUGGGAAAUGUCCUGAAGAGCCAGGGCAAGAUGGAGGAGGCAGAACAGGCAUACAGAAAUGCGCUCUACUACCGCAGCAACAUGGCUGACAUGCUGUAUAAUCUUGGUUUGCUGCUGCAGGAGAGCAACAAGUUCUCAGAGGCGCUUCACUACUAUAAGCUGGCUAUUGGGAGCCGGCCAACUCUGGCCUCCGCCUACUUGAAUACAGGCAUUAUCCUGAUGAAUCAGGGUCGCCUGGAGGAGUCUAAGCGCACUUUUCUAACCUGCGCUGACAUUCCAGACGAGAACCUGAAGGACCCUCACGCCCACAAGAGCUCAGUCACCAGCUGCCUGUACAACUUGGGGAAGCAGCUUCAUGAGCAGGGACAACAAGAGGGGGCCCUCUCCAUCUUUAAACAAGCAAUACAGAAGAUGCCAAGGCAAUUUGCACCGCAGAGCCUCUACAACAUGAUGGGAGAGGCCUAUAUGAGACUAAACAAACUGACUGAAGCUGAACACUGGUACCGAGAGUCCCUGCGAGCCAAGCCGGACCACAUUCCUGCACACCUCACCUAUGGAAAACUGCUGGCUACCACAGGGCAGAAAUCAGAAGCAGAGAAGUACUUCUUGAAGGCUAUCCAACUGGAUCCCACAAAGGGCAACUGUUACAUGCAUUAUGGUCAGUUCUUGUUGGAAGAGUCACGCCUGCUGGAAGCGGCAGAGAUGGCACAGAAGGCGGCGCGACUCGACAGCGAGGAGUUUGAUGUGGUCUUCAGUGCUGCUCACAUGCUCAGACAAGCCAGCCUGAAUGCAGCAGCUGAGAAGUAUUACGGACAAGCAGCAAGCCUGAGACCCAACUAUCCUGCAGCCUUGAUGAACUUGGGAGCAAUCCUCCACCUCAAUGGGAAACUUCAAGAAGCUGAAGCUAAUUACCUCCGAGCGCUGCGCCUCAAACCGGAUGACACCAUCACCCAGUCCAAUUUGCGAAAGCUGUGGAACAUCAUGGAGAAACAAGGCCUCAAGACCACGAGCCCUUAAACUCCUGUGGACUGCCUCCUUGGCGAAAGGAUGACAUUCAUGCUCAGCUUGUUGACAUGAAAGAGACUCAGGGAGGAUGUUUGCAAAUACAGAGAGGUCUUGACGGUGCUUCGGCGCCCAUGUCACGGCUCCUGCACACACCUUAACUUUUGACAAAAAUGUCCCAAGUUUGGUGUGAUUGUAGCUCCUUUUUUCUAACAAGAGCACUUGAAAUGAAGGUAGGAAUGAGCUUCCAUCCUGAAACAUUGGCAAAGAAUUUCAAGGAAGGUGUUUUCUAUCACCUUUUAAUGAAUCAAAUAGUCUGUCAGUAAGACCGUACGGUAUUCAGAAUGCCACCCAAUACAUCAAUAACCAAUAAAAGAUUAGAUUAAAUUUGAAAAGAAAUAUUAUAAAGAAAUAAGGUAGCUGGAAUAUUUGAGACUUGAAAAGGGAAUUAAUUUAUUUGCUCUCGCAGCACAACCAAGGCCUCAAGAGUUUAAGAAAGUACUAUAUUUGUCGCCAAUUACAGUUUACACACUUGGCCUGAAAAUGGAAACGAGAAAGAACUUGGACCUGUGAUAUUUAUUAUGCCUUCUGAGACUUUUUCGAAGCGGUGCAAGUGUCAUGUCGGCGCUUCUACGGGAAUGAAGAUUUUGUGGAACAAGUAGGAAGUUAUCAAUGGAAAAAUAAACUACCUUCCUAUGGAAGUUGUAAACAAUUUAAGGACUGGUAUGGGAGUGUGGGUGUCACCACUUCUCAUACAUGUCACACGCUUUUAUUUAAUACGUCAAUGAGUGAAGGAGAUGUUCUAGCCAAAUACAAAAGCUAUCUAUAGCCAUGCUGACCUUUUCUACAUUUAAGGAUGCAAAGACUGAAGACAUGUUUUGCAUUGCACUAAACUAAUUUGAUGUGUUUUUAUAAAAUGAAUCCUAAUAUAUACCCAAAGUGUGUAUUUUAAAAAGAAAUAAAAAAGAAAAACGUAGUCCGGCAAAGAGUGAGAGAUAUGUUAGUUUGCCUCACUACAUUUUUUUUCUCCUCUUUCCGGUGUUAGUCUCAAUGUGUCAUGUUGUACAUUUUGUGUCAUUAACAUAGUUGCUGUUGUCAGCCGAAAUUAAGUGAAAACGCAAUUUCUGGAGAUGAAGACAAUGUACAGAAUCGGUGAUAUUUACGAGUUGUCAUCAUUGAGGAAGCCACUUUUUUUUUUUUUUACUGCAUCCCAGCACGUGGAUUAGUGCAAUUCGUUUUCCAAUUUCAAAACAAUACUUCAGGAAAUUGCGAAGAAAAAACAACAUGCUUAUUGGACACACCAGUCAGAACAAGACAUGCUAAUAGACAACAAUAAGAGAACAAGGUGUUUUUUUUAUUCUUGCCAUGUUGGCCACAGAGACACAAUUUAUUGCACCUUGAGCCAAGUAGGUACCGUGCAGUGGAAAGUGGCCAUUACUUUGUAAGUUAUUGUGUUGUGUUACCACAGCAACGGAACCAGCUGGCACUGUGUUUUACAUGCUUAAUGAAGAAAGUGUUUGUGUUUUCUUACAUGGAUUAAGUCUCGACAUUCAUUUGAAGUACGACUUUGAUAAAUAGUGCAGUUUUGAAUGUGGUAUCUGAACUUGCUCAUGUCUUUUUGGUGAUUAGUCACGCGUGUAAUACCGGUACAGUACAUUUCCAUUCACAUUCCUUCCCAACGUCAGACACUCCACAACGUGUGUUUCAGUGUUACGUAGUGUGUUUUUGAGCAAACUGCUAAUUGCUUGAGUCAAGUGUCCCACUCUGUGGCUCAGCUCAGGAAUCUCAAGCAGUGCAUUGUUGCAGAAACAAUUCUUCACAGAGCUAAAUUAUAGAUUUAUUUUUGAAAGCUGUUGUAUAUAAUAUUGAUAUUUGUAACUUUUUUUCUUUUUUCUUUUUUUUUUUAAAUGUUGGAACAGAACUUUUCCCUGAUGUUGCUUUUCUUUCCCCUAAUAAAUUUAUGCUAUCAUGCAUUUGAA